CCUAUUUUAUUCUCAUUCAGUUAUUUUUCCAUUAUUUUACUUGGUAUUUUAAUGAAAAGAAAAAAGAAAAAACUACCCAAAAGCGUUUAUUCGAGACUCGAGUACAACAAAGUAAACUCUUUGAUGUCGAUCCACGUUUUUACGCUUCAAAGCUACCGAAGCCAUGAAAAUCAGGCAUCGUACUCGCACUCGCACAUGAAUCUCAUCAAUGAUAUGUGUUUGUGAAGUCGUAAAACGAUUUGUUGAAAAAUGGUUGAAAAAACGUGUAUGAAGCAGAUUAUAGAAUAUUAUAAGAUACACCAUUACUUAUGAGACGUGUUUUACUAACAAAGAUUACUUGUGAAUGGCAUCAUUGCAUGUUGCAUGCGGUAUUGAUGAAUGGCAAUCGAACGAACCUCCAGUACCGAGAGUAUUGCUGAAUAAUAAUUAUGAUUUAAACACCGAUCCGUUUGGUAGUAAAAAACCUAAAUGCUGCGCGUUAUUAUGUAAAGAAAACACCCUCGCUAAUCGUACCAGAUCGAAGAGCGAAAGUCAGAGUUGUAAAUGGUGGAAUUGCAAACCAAACGAGUAUCGUAGACAUAGGACGUACACAGAUAGUGUGAGAAAUAUGCACGAUAAAGCGAUGAACGUUUGUAUGAUGCCGAAUAACAUGCAAGAUUUGUUAUUGGACGGUUACGAGAAGACUGAUAUUAAUAAUUGGCAGAAUGGUAUGAACGGUACCAAAAAAACCAAAACACCCGAGAAAUUCGAUUCUCAGCAACCGCUGCUGGACCAGGUUCCUUUGAAUGGAACUUUUUCGACGAUUUUUAAACACGAUUACGAUUUUAAUCAACGCGAACGGUUAGUCGGUGUUAAAAGAUCACGAGAAAAAUCACCUAAUUUUGUAGAUACCACUAAUAGCGAUGGUAUUCCUAAGAAAAUAAAUACGAGAAGUAUGCUGGGAAAAGAAUACGAAUCGUGUAUCGGUGUUGUUGAUCCCAAACACAAUCGAGAGAAAACGCCGCCACCGACGCAUUGUAAUGGCUCGACAGAGUAUACUACGAAUGGUACAUCGAAACAUACUCCAGAAUCGUUAGAUUCAUCUGCUUGUGAAUGUGAUCUCGUACGUGUAUCUUCGGUCAGAUUAAAAAAUCGCCAAGAUUCCUGCGAUACGAACAGUCCAGACGAAUCGGCUGGCGAUACGUUUCCAGAAGCUAGCGAAGAAACUGAAGAAGAAUGUCAAUGUUACAACAAAGAUGUUUUGGAAAAUAUGUCGAUAAGUAAUUUCGAACAUCAUGACGAUAAUUACGUACACUCUGGAUUAAGAAUGAGUUUGUUUCCCAAUGUACCACCUUAUGUGAAAUUUUCAACGCACGAUGUGAAAGGUGAACAAUUCCCUAUCCAUAUUCAUAAACUGCUCAGGUGGAAGUUGAGCAAUAUUACUCCUGUAGUUGUUCGUAAAGUUGUCGCUAAUACGGGAUAUAGAUUAUUGAAAAAUUCCACAUAUUGGGGUGGAACAUGGGGAAAACAUACUCGAUCAGCUGGUUUCAAAACGUUGUACGAUUACCAAAAAAUGAAUCAUUUCCCCGGUACCUUUCAAAUCGGCCGUAAAGACCGAUUAUGGAAAAGUAUGCAGAAAUUAAUGUUGAAACAUGGUAAAUCAAAGUUUGAUUUGAUGCCAACUACUUACAUUCUACCUCAGGAUAAAAAACGAUUGAGAAUGGCUUGGAAGAAAAAUACGUCCAAAGAGGAGCCUUGGAUCGUGAAACCGCCCGCAUCAGCUCGUGGUACCGGUAUUAAAGUGGUUCAUAAAUGGAAUCAGAUACCAGAUAAUACGCCUGUAAUCGUACAAAAAUACAUAUCAAAUCCUUUCCUUAUUAAUGAUACGAAAUUCGAUCUGCGCUUAUAUGUAUUAGUCACGUCGAUGAAUCCAUUGAGGAUAUAUUUAUAUGAUGAUGGAUUAGUUAGAUUCGCUUCAGUCAAAUACUCAACCGAGUUGAAUACGUUAGGUGAUCGUUAUAUGCAUCUUACCAAUUACAGUAUAAAUAAGCUCAGCUCGAAAUAUAAGCAAAACGAAGACGCGAGCGCUUGCCAGGGUCACAAAUGGACUUUGAAAACAUUAUGGAGUUACAUGGAACGAGAGUUGAACGUAAACGUAUCAAAGCUUCAAGCCCGUUUAAUCGACCUCGUGAUCAAGACUAUAAUUAGCGGAGAAUUCACCGUGAAUCAGCUCUCAAAUUCUAAUCUAGGAUCUCGAUACAAUUCGUACGAAUUGUUUGGUAUCGACGUUUUAUUCGAUACUGAUCUGAAACCUUGGCUAUUAGAAGUCAACAUAUCGCCAUCGCUUCAUUCGUCUUCGCCUUUAGAUUUAGCUGUGAAAGCUCCAAUGGUCUACGACCUGAUGAAUAUCGCUGGUUUUCAAAUACCAACCAGUAAAAAGUUCACCGAAGAACAAUUGGCCAGAGACAUGGGCAAAUUACCGGUUACUAGGCUAUGCUACGAUAGUCGUCUGUAUUCGAGAACGUUAUCACCUUCCGAGAAGUACAAGCAUCAUUCGUUUGCGAGUAGGAUACGAACAGAAUAUUUGAGAAAAAUUUUAGAAGAUUUGACGCCUGACGAUGUUCGUCAUCUUAUUCAAUACGAAGAUGAGCUCACACAGCUCGGAUCAUUCCAGAAAAUAUUUCCCACUCCGAAUACUCACGAAUAUUUACAGUAUUUUGAUGCGCCUAGAUACUAUAACAUGUUGUUCGAUGCGUGGGAGUCCGCGCACCACAGUAAACGCGAAGAAGGUAUCGAAUUAUUGCGCGCCAAAUGCGAAGAAAAUUUCCAUCUGAAGGUUGCCAAAACGAAUGCGAACUCGUCAAAAAUUUGCGAGAUCCACCAAAAGUGUCUACAGUUCCACGUCAAAAAUCAAAAUAACACCUCUAACGAUUAUCCGCUGUGCUUGUACAAAUCGCCAGCCAGUCUAACCAAACCCAAAGCAUCGUUCACCGCUAAGCCACGCUAUCGUUCUAGAUAUUCAGCGGUUGUACCGAGCAAAACGUACUUACUAAGAUCACGUAAACAUUAACCCGACAAUAGACGAUUUUGUUCUACGAUCGAAUCGAAAAAUCGUCUUAAUAUUUUACUUUCGCCGAAGCCGACAUAUUACAUUUUAAUUAUUUUCGUACAUUUGUCUAUAUUCUAAGCUAACCUUUCUUCUUUUGUAUUCUUCGACAUCGUGUUACUUGUGUUUUUCUUCUUCUUCUACAUCGUAGUGUACUUAUAUAUUUCUCGCGUUAUCAUGGAUGGUAAAUUUAAAAGGGUAAUUUUUUUGGUUAAAUUACGUAAUACGUUCGUACGAAAAUACUCUUCGGCCGGUUUGACGACCAAGCAACGAAGAACUUGCGACGAUUACACGUCCAACUCCAAAGUGAGCUAAAACAAAACCCCCUUCGGUUAAAUUUGAUCGUAAAAAUUAUGGAAAUUAAUUUACAUAUUCAAACGAACGUUCGUAUAUUUUACGUGUUAUAGUCUUCCAAACAAAACAAUGGUGAGAUUUCUACCGCUGUUGGAGAUUGUAAAUUCGAUAUGUCUUGCUAGCUCAUCAUCGAUGUGAGAUUGGCUACGAGAAGAGUACUGUUGAUUUAUUAGAUUGGUCGUCGUAAUUUGAGAACAAAAAGAAAAAAUGACUCGUAGUCGAACGGUUAUGGUUUCCGAGACAGUCGUAAUAAUUUAUUAGCAUCGAAAAGUUACCUAUUUGUAUUCGUUUUUUUUCUUUUUUCUCUUCUUUAAUUUAUUUUUGAUAAAUCUCGUUCGAUUUCGAGUAAAUAAACGACAACACUAACGUAAUGACAAUAUCAUUAAGUGGUAUUACCCUUCCUUCGACGAGAAGAUAUAUAGUAUUAUUUGUGCGUGUUUUUACGUAAUGAGAUAUCGUCCAUUUUAUAUUAUUUAAGCCGAUUCGUAGUCGGAAACGAGAGGGUUUUUCCCUAUAAAGUUUUUUUUCUUGUAUUAUGUAAUCGUGUACCUGCGUUGACUUUGUAUAUUUUGUAAUACGUACAUAUAGAUAUUUAAAAGUUAGCGGAAAUUUUCCUACGUUAAAGUGGCCGGAAAUAAUGACGAAAGUUGAGGAAAGUGGUGACAAUUUUACAGUAUAGAUGUACAGUGUACACUGCCCAAUCCCAAUCCAUUCGUAUAUCUAGUUAUUAGAUUCGUUAAUUUACAUAUUAAUGAAGACAACGAACGAACGACGAAGAAAAUGAAUUCUUUUUAAAGUACAUAUAUACGGCCAUGUACAUUGAGUAGUUUAACCCGGGCCUAAUUAAUUUGUAACUUAAUUAGUAACGCGUGUAUGUUACAAUUUUGUAUUUUUUUGUUUGUGUCUCUGUAAUCUGUAUUGUGUAUUAUUUUUAGGUAUUACGAAUACGAUCGAUGAUGAUCGUCGAAGCCCCCUCCCCCCUUAUCCCUUGUAAUUUUAUUGAAUCAUUUAUGUAUGUAUUGUAUAUGUAGAUUCAAUUGUUUUGUGCUCGAGUAUUAGCGGGCGUCGUGUUGAUCACUUUUUUUUUCGGUGACGCGUUUUAUGCGUCGCGACUAAGCCGAGUAUAUUGACAAGUCUGAAAGUGAUAUUAUAAUAAUGUAGAAUCGUAAUCGUGAAAUAACGUAGUUAUUUUUGAGUUUCUGUCUGUCUUUAAUUUAUUAUUAUUAUUUUUUUUUUUAAUUUAACGCGUAUGCUCAAAUUAUUUUAGUAAGUUAUUUUAUUUUCGAACAGUAAAUUGGAUAAUUUGAAAGUAAAA